AUGGAGAAGUACCCGACCGGUUUCAGGUUCUAUCCAACUGAAGAAGAGCUCAUCUCGUUCUACUUGCACAACCAGCUUCACGGCCUUAAGCAAGACAAGAUUCAUCGUGUCAUCCCAUUCCUCGACAUUUUCAACACUGAGCCAUGGAAUCUCCCACAGCUUGCGGGAGAGCUGUGCAGAGAAGACAGAGAGCAGUGGUUCUUCUUCGCGCCCAUGCAGGAGAGGGAGGCCAGAGGAGGGCAGCCCAGCCGGAGCAUGGCCACGGGCUACUGGAAGGCCACCGUGUCUCCCGGUUAUGUCUACUCGUCUGACAACAAGGUGAUCGGUGUGAAGAAGUCCAUGGUUUUCUACGUGGGAAAAGCUCCCACUGGAAGAAAGACCCAGUGGAAAUUGAACGAGUACAGGGCCAUUGAACUCUCGCCGACAAAUCCCAAUUCCACAAGCAGUAAUAUUUCCAUUCCUAAGGUGAACGUGCUAUUUCAAUUUUUGGACCUUUAUAUAUACUUAAUUGACUCCAUUCCUAUAUAUAUACGUAAUUGA